GUUGUACGUGGUUUGCCAUGGAGGGACAUAUUCGGUAUUUUAAUCGGUGGAUAUUUGCUUCGGGUGCCAAAAGCAAUCGUUGUUCCUAAAAUCACUUCUGAUAUCAAAUAAAAACCGUUCAGGGGACCUGGAUGUGGAAGAAAAAUGAUUUGGAAAAUCUAAUGUGCUACAAUAAUUUUAAAAUGAUGUUGAAGAUAAUAUCGAAAUACGCCGGGCCUAUUUAGGACAUAGAUUUGUUUGAAACACUAGUCUGGACGCGUCCCGUUUUCCGUGUGAACCUGUGGCCCGCGCGGUGUCCCCGCUCUGUGUCGUCAUGCAGUCACGACUGGUGCGCGGAACGUGUCCGUGACAUGUUGAUGUCGCUCCUGCUCCUCCCUAGCCGUUCCACAUAGCAGGUGCGGGCUGCCAGAGCUACAGCCGGCGGCCAUGCAUUAACAGCGGGCUCCUCCGUGCUCUGACGGCGGUCUUCCUUCUCCCGAUGAUGGAGCAUUCGGUCACCAGCGCGCAGGCGGCUGAUGCCGACUCUGCCGCAGACGGUGGAAGCAGCAGGAGCAGCGCAGACGGGGCAGGGGAGAGGAUGGAGAGGACGGUGCCCGGGAGCGAGCACCAGGACAGGACCAGCAGCCAGCAGCAGCAGCAGCAGCAGCAGCAAACGUCCGGGAUGCUCGAUAAACUGUUCGGGAAACGACUUCUGCUGGCCAGACAUUAUAUCAACUCUCGCAAGUCCUGGUUAAAGAUGGUUCCAACAGAAAACUGUGACAUCCUGAUGACUUUCCCAGAUACAAUAGAUGACCACACUCUGCUGUGGCUCCUCAAUCAAAUUCGUGUCGGAAUCCCACAAGUCAGCAUCCAGGUCCGACAGCAUAAACACACCCAGGUCCAUGCCUUCUUCAUCACAACAACGUUUGAAAACUUACUGCGAGGAGCGGAGCAGAUGGGCAUGUACAAGGCUGUAAAGCCGCAGUUUGGUGGUGGGAUGCGCCGCUUUUCCUUCGAGGAGGAUAACAUCUAUGAGAACAUAGAGAGCGAGUUGUACUUUUUCACCUCACAGGAGCGCCAAAGCAUCAUUAAAUAUUGGCUGGAUAACCUGCGCGCCAAACAGGGAGAGAUGCUCCACAACAUCCACUUUUUGGAGGGUCAGCCAAUCAUUCCAGAGCUAACAACCCGGGGGGUGAUCCAUCAGAUGUUUCCUCUUCAUGAGCAAAGAAUACUCAACCAGCUGAUGACAUCUUGGGUCCAGGCUGUAUGUGAAAGGCAGCCCCUUGAUGACAUCUGUGACUACUUUGGAGUGAAGAUUGGCAUGUAUUUCGCUUGGCUGGGUUUCUACACAACUCCAUGCUCUAUCCUGCUGUCAUCGGCUUUCUCCUCUGGAUACUAGCAGAAACUGACCAGGUAUCAGAAACCUCUUUCUACUCCACAUUAA